AAACGCACGAGCAGGUAGCAAAAUAUUAUUUUUGUAAGUGUCUUCUAGAUGAAUUGAAAAUAGAGGUAGGAGAGGAGUGGAUAGGAUUGCUAAUGAACUGCUAUUGUGGCAAUGCCAUACCAUACCACACCACACUGAUGAUUAGUCAAAGCAGAAAAAUAACACAUUAGACAAGGUUGAGUUCGUUCCUUCGAGGAAACACCCUUGUACUACAGUGUUGGUCUUAACAUACAUGUUAAUGUAACAUGUCAGUUUAGAUUGGCUGCUGCUUAGUGCUGAGGGAGAUUCGAAUCUAAUCAGGCUCAUCACCAGUAACUACCUCUCUCUACCAAUGCUCAAAAUACCAUUUCUUCUAACAUCACUUCUUCGUCUUCAAUCUCACAAUCACAAACUCACCAACCAAUUCCCAUGACACCAGUUAACCCUUUUUUCUUCUUCUUUUACAAUUUCCUUCUUUUGACUCUUCCCUUCCCUUCCCUCUCCGCUUCUUGCCCCCUCAACUUCACCCUCCUCGCCGCCCUCAGUGGCGGCGCAAAACCCACCUCCUACGACUCCUCCGGGAACACCCGCUGCCAGUUCAUAAGCCAGGCCCUUCGUCUCGUUCAGUCAGAUUACCUUCGCCGCAGUGAUUUCUUCGUCCCUCCUCUCAACUCCUCCGACUCAUGCUGGCGUGAUUUUCAGUCUUACGUUAACCUCUUCGACCCCACCUUCGAUAUUCGCUCCUCUUGUGGCUUUCAAACAAAUUGGAUCUCCCAAGGUUGCUCCAACGUCACCACCAGGCAACAGUUUGAAGCCUCGGUUCCCCAAUCAGCGCUUCAGAAUAUGCAGGCUAAGUGUAACCAAUCGCUUGAGAAUAACUCACCUUGCGCACUUUGCACCACUACUUUCUCCGCUUUGCCAUCUUUGGGAAUCUCUAUUGGGAACCUCUCUGAUUGCACUGGUUACCCUUCUAUUUAUGCUGCUGCUUUUUCCAACCUGUUUGGUCCAGCUGAUCCUGGCACUGCCAGGUGCUUGUUCGCCCUCGAUUUUUCCUCUGGGGGUUCCAAUUCUGGUAAAAAAAGGGUUGUCAUUGUGGUUGUUUGUGUUGUUUGUGUCUUGGCUUUGUUGCUUUUGAUUAUUGGGUUUUGGGCUUAUUGGAAGUUGAAUGAGAGGGUGAGUGGGGAUAAGGAUGUUAAUAUUGCGGAGAUGGGUUUGGUUUCUGGGUUGGGUUCGAUGGAUCAGAGCACCACUUUAAUACGCUUCUCGAUUGAUGAUGUUAAGAAGGCUACCAAGAACUUCUCCAGGGAUAACAUAAUUGGGAGAGGGGGUUAUGGGAAUGUGUAUAAAGGGUUGCUCUCUGAUGGGAGUGAGGUUGCGUUGAAGAGGUUCAAGAAUUGUUCGGCUGCUGGUGAUGCUAGCUUCACUCAUGAAGUUGAGGUUAUUGCCAGCGUUAGGCAUGUGAACCUUGUUGCUUUGAGAGGGUAUUGUAGUGCCACUACUCAUUUGGAAGGUUACCAGAGGAUUAUUGUUUGUGAUUUGAUGAAAAAUGGGAGCCUCCAUGACCAUUUGUUUGGUUCAAAUGGGGUGAAACUCGGUUGGCCAAUUCGUCAGCAGAUUGCACUAGGCACGGCUAGAGGGUUGGCUUAUUUGCAUUAUGGGGCUCAACCUGCUAUUAUUCAUAGGGAUAUUAAAGCAAGUAACAUACUUCUUGAUGAAAGUUUUGAAGCAAAGGUAGCUGAUUUUGGAUUAGCAAAGUUUAACCCCGAGGGAAUGACUCAUAUGAGCACUAGGGUAGCUGGAACCAUGGGAUAUGUUGCUCCUGAGUAUGCUUUGUAUGGGCAAUUGACAGAGAGAAGUGAUGUGUUCAGUUUUGGAGUUGUGCUUCUUGAGCUGUUGAGCGGGAGGAAGGCUCUUCAGAUGAACAAUGAUGGCCAACCCUCUGCACUCACUGACUGGGCUUGGUCAUUAGUCAGAACGGGUAAAACUUUGGAUCUUAUUGAAGAUGGCAUGCCAGAACCAGGUUCACCACAAGUGCUUGAGAAGUAUGCUUUAAUUGCUGUACUUUGUUCUCACCCACAGUUAUAUGCUAGGCCUACAAUGGAUCAGGUUGUUAAAAUGAUGGAGACUGAUGAAUCAGUUCCCUCAAUACCCGAACGGCCAAUCCCUCUUGUUGCUGGGAAGCUUGAUAUUGAGAGAUCUGUGAGCAGUAGUGGCUCAGGUCAGCUCUCUAGUCCAACCGGGUAUCAAUCAUAUACUUUAGAAAGUGACCAACAUUCUUCUAAUUCUAGGGAAGAAAGAAGCUCAGGCUCCAGGAUUUUGAGUACAGAUUGAGACUUGAGGAUUUGGAUUGUCUUCCAUCACUGGCUAAUGUCAGGAUAAUUUGAUUGUACAUUUAGAUUAUAGAAUAUUGUAUGUUUCUUGAAGCAUGUUCUGUUACAAAGCCAAAUCGGAUGUACAAAAUUACAAAUUUUGAUUCUUUUUAUUUGAUGGCAGGAGAGUAUGAUCAAGUUUUGCUGAUUUUUAAGUGUCAGAUUAUUAUAUUAUUAGCAAUCGUGUAUCGCUCAUUUUUAGCUCUGAAUUCAAUUGGCUCUUGUAUCUCCUUGUGCCACAACUUAAAACACUUCAACAAUUAGAGGAAUACUUAUACUACUGGUUUGGCUGCUUGGUUUUGUCAACAUCAGAGAAUGCGGGAAAGUUAAUGUAAAAGUGAAACAAGCAUGAAUCAUAGAGCCUAAAAUAGAGAAGCUGGCACAAAAUUUUGUCUUAAGUAAAGUGAACAUGUUCGCUUGUGUUGUGGGUUAAUCCAGGCUGCCUCUGUUUAUGAUGCUUGGUUGGCUUAUGCUUGAUAAAGUGCCCAAUUGGUUUGAUUUUUAUAUUAUUCGGCAAUAGAGCCUGAACUUCCACCUUACUAUGACGACUCUGCAGUGUUAUUAUAUAUCAGACAAAUAAACAGAUUACUUAAAUAAUACUUGUAGGGUUGUAACUUGCAACGGACGAGGUUGCAUAACUCAAUGCAUUCUUUGGUAGACCACUAGACACUACAUGGACAUCAUAAAUGAUUAUAAUUUGGAUAACUGAACCUUUGAUUGUUGUGUAUUAUUCGUUUAUUCUCGAAUAAUUGACAAUAACAGAACCUCUAAUGUUGUGGCUUAGUUCAUUUUUGAAUUUCACAAAUUUCUAAAUUCUAGAAAGUCAAAAUACCUUAUUGAAUUUGAAGUACAAGGAAUUGGGAAUUGUUAUAUUAUGAAAUAGAUGCCGCCUCCGCCUCCCCUCUCCCACCCUAAAAAAAAUGGAACACAGUAUUGCUAUUUUAUUUAAAAUUUUUAUAACACU